AUGAGCAAUCAACCACCUUAUCCUCUGCACGAGUCAGUCCUUGAUAGGAUUGACCCCGAAUAUGCAGCAUUUUACAACAAGCACAUCUUCGACAAGCAGCAAGUGCACCUCCAACCAGUAGAAGCAUCACGAAGCAGUGGCAUCCUCAUUCCAGGCAGUGGCCCUCUUCAGCCUGUCGCAAAUACAAUCGACUACGCCAUCAGACGCACAGAGAGCGAAGGACCUGAUGUCAAGGUUCGAUGCUUCACGCCCAUUGGCGACAAGCCAGAACAAGGAUGGCCUGUGUGUAUUUACUACCACGGUGGCGGCUGGGUUCUCGGCACGAUAGACACUGAGAAUGUCAUCGCGUCACAUCUUUGUGCGAGAGGCAAAUGUGUCGUCGUGGCUGUUGAUUACAGGCUGGCGCCUGAGGACCCAUUUCCUGCGGCGGUGCAUGAUUCUUGGGAGGCUGUUCUUUGGGUUACGGGCGAGGGUAAAGAGAUCCUUGGAUUGGACACCUCGAAGCUAGCGACAGGCGGUUCUUCUGCUGGUGCAAACUUGGCUGCUAUAAUGUGUCAACGAGCAGCUGAUCGAGGAUCCCCCAAAUUUUCCCUCCAACUCCUAUCCGUCCCCGUGAUGGACAAUACCGCCGAUAUAACCAACAAUGUUUCAUGGAAAGAAAACCAAUACUCCCCGGCCCUUCCAGCACCCAAAAUGCUCUGGUAUCGGCAUCACUAUCUCCCCAAUAAGGAAGACUGGGCACAUCCCGAAGCUAGUCCCAUUUUCUGGAACGGAGACUUCUCAAAGUUGCCGCCAGCUUGUUUUGUCGUCGGUGAACUGGAUGUACUCAGGUCGGAGGGUGAGCAAUUUGCGAAGAAGUUGCAGGAUGCAGGUGUCAAGGCGGAGCUGAAUGUCAUGAAGGGCCAGCCUCAUCCGUUUAUUGCGAUGGAUGCGGUGCUCGAAGCUGGGUCGAGAGCCAUUACGCUGUUUUGCGACGCGUUGUAUAAGACCAUGUAUCAGAAAUGGUGA